AUGUCUGGACGCGGCAAACAAGGAGGCAAGGUCCGGGCUAAGGCCAAGACCCGCUCCUCCCGGGCAGGGCUCCAGUUCCCGGUCGGCCGAGUGCACAGGCUCCUCCGCAAGGGCAACUACGCCCAGAGGGUGGGCGCCGGCGCUCCCGUCUACUUGGCCGCUGUGCUCGAGUAUCUCACCGCCGAGAUCCUGGAGCUGGCCGGCAAUGCCGCCCGCGACAACAAGAAGACCCGCAUCAUCCCCCGCCACCUGCAGCUGGCCGUGCGCAACGACGAGGAGCUCAACAAGCUGCUGGGCGGCGUCACCAUCGCCCAGGGAGGCGUCCUGCCCAACAUCCAGGCCGUGCUGCUGCCCAAGAAGACCGAGAGCACCAAGUCGGCCAAGAGCAAGUGAGCCCGGAACCAAAGGCUCUUCUAAGAGCCCCCCACAUGGUCUGUACGACUGAGCUGGCGAUGCCGCUGAUCUCCGCUGUGGAGGCGUCACACAGGGGCACUUACCGCUCCUGACUAGAGAUGGGGAGUUUGGAUCUUUGGCUCCAGUUGCUGACAAGUGACCCGGAGCCGGAUAGGUAA